UUUUUUUUUUCCCCCCGUUCCUUGUGCUUUUCACCAGCUCUACUCGACGGAGAUUUACAUGUGGAUCUUUCUGGGAAAGAGCAAUUUAAGAUGUUAUAGUCGAUGUUGUUCUUUUGGCUAUGGUUUAAGUUAAGAGAAACGUUUAGCCGAAAAGAAAGUCCAGGUUUUCUCUUUGGAUUUUCUACGUAUUAUUACCCUUCCACAUGUUUAGGGUUUCCUUCCGUGUUGUUUGAUUCUGAUUCAAGACUAUUCAAGUACAGAUCGGUAGUUAAGGUUCCAUCACAUCGUCACUGUAGUGAAGAAUUUAGGGUUUUAGCUCUUCCUACAAAGAAACCGCCUCAUCUAUCAUUCUGCUGAAGAAGUCAUGGCUUUUGAGAUCCGUGCUGCAAGCCAUCCGCACAUUCACAUCUCUAUGCCCUUACAGCUCUUCUGGAAAUCGUCUCUCUUUUUUCUGGUCCUUUGCUGUCUAGAUUUCAGCGUUUGGAACCAGGCAGCAGUAACCCUUUGUAUGCUAAAGACACUGGAGAGGUACCAGAAAUGCAACUACGGGGCACCGGAAACAAAUAUAAUAUCAAGGGAGAUCCAAACUAGCCAACAGGAGUACUUGAAGCUCAAGGCACGUGUUGAAGCCUUGCAACGAUCACAAAGAAAUCUGCUGGGGGAGGAUCUGGGGCCACUCAGCAUCAAGGAGCUCGAGCAACUGGAGCGCCAACUCGAUGCAUCGUUGCGACAAAUACGAUCGACAAGGACGCAGUGCAUGCUUGACCAACUUGCUGAUCUCCAAAGAAGGGAACAAAUGCUCUGUGAAGCUAAUAAAGCUCUGAAGAUAAGAAUGGAUGAAGGAAACCAGGCCAAUCAGCAACAACUGUGGGAUCCUAAUGCUCAAGCUGUGGCUUACUGCCGCCACCAACCACAGCCGCAGGGUGACGGGUUCUUCCAACCCAUAGAAUGCGAACCUACUCUUCAAAUCGGGUAUCAUCCAGAUCAGAUGGCGAUUGCUGCGGCAGCACCUGGGCCGAGUGUGAGUAGCUACGUGCCAGGAUGGCUUGCUUGACAGCAAGAUAAGGCCGGCAUUUCUGGGUGCCUCUAAUUAUGUGUUGUAUGCUAGCGAGGAAUGCUCCUAUUUCUUGUGCUGAUGAUUGCUUAUAUAACUGGCAAACAUGAUGUCAAUUACUGUCGGAUGAUCUAUAUGUUAUUAAUGACCUGCUAUAAAGACCUCCUUCGGAGGGAGGUAGUCCCAAGCGUCGUAUGUACUCGAAUGCUAUUUGGUUCUCCUCCUAAGUUGCUGUCAGCUAUGAUGAUUUGGUUUCAAAUGCUA